AUGAAUGAGAAGAGGGACCCUAUUGCUUACGUCUACAGUGCUUUUGACUCUUCGCAGGUGAUACGAAUCUGGGAUUUCAACUCUGGUAGAUGCAUCUACCUGUUCGAUGGGGGACCCUGUGAUAAUGCCGUGACCUGCAUGAGCUUCGACCUGGCCGGCAGACGCCUUCUCACUGCUGGGCAAGAUGGCAUUAUCCGAAUUUGGAAUUAUCACUCGGGUGCCUGUCUUCAGGAAAUGUGCGCUGGUGAAACCAAUGAUAAAAACUCUGAAAUUUCUAACGUACAGUGUGUUCAAAUUGGGUUCAAUAGAUUCGUUGUGUCGGUGGGUUGGGAUCGGCAUAUUAACCUCUACACGGACAGCCGCGAGGAUAUAGUCGCACGUAAAGAGUGCAUCGGACAGCUACAACGGCCAGUUCCGCACUGGGGACAUGAUCUCACUAAAGGACACACGGAAGACAUUCUGGCGCUAGCUGUGGGUUCUAGCUCCGGCUUCCUGGCUACGGGGGACUUUGCAGGCGAAAUUCUAGUCUGGAACACGGUGAGCGGGCACAUCUUCAAACGGCUUUCGGCGAUACCGCCCGUCGAGCGAGACUCCAGUUGGACCUCAAUGAGUGUCACCUCGAGGACGAAGAGCAGAACCAGCGCAGGUUGGGGUCCCCGAAGCGCCUGCAAGGGUGCUGAGCUUUCACGUUCGACAACCUUCGCGACAAUGUCAGCCUCCACGAAGACCACGGAGACUACGUCCACUACACGAGUGUCUUCUGAUUACCCGAGGAGACGGUUAGAAGGCGCAGCGCGUAAGUGGAAAUAA